AUGUCGAUUCGUGAAAUUGAACUAAAUCAAAAUAUUUCUUCUGCUUCUACUACCCCAGUCACCUUUGAUACUACUAGUACUAGCAUUGUUAAGAGAAAAAGAAAAGCAGCUGGUACCAAUACUAAUAAAGAUAAUAAAGGAAGGCAACAAAAUUUGAGAAGAACUGACAACACUGUGAUCAGCAGUAGCAGCACUAAUAGGAUUAGUGAGACUGAAAUCAAUAGUAUUGAUCCUUCUAUUGUUGAUUUGGAAAACUCUAGUAAUGUUACUACUAUUAGUGUUGUUGCCGGUAGUAAUUCUAUUCUUACAGAGGAAAAAGUCAACAAAACUACUAAUAAAAGAAAAAGAGCUGAUAAACCUGCAAAGAAAAUCAAGAAGCAAGAUGAAAAACGAAUCACUGCUACUAGUCCUUCUUCCUCAACUAAGGAGCCUGGAGAAAAACGCCUUGCGAUGAUUCGUCGUAGUUGUUCAAUGAAAGUAAAAGAGCGUAUUGAGCGUGCAAUGUCACAAAGGAUGUUCCUGGUUGAUAGAUCUGAAGUUUAUAAUGUUGAGAUUUCGACUCUUCCUAAAUGUAGUUGUCCUGAUUUUUCGAGAGGGGGAAAUCUUUGUAAACAUAUUUUAUUUGUAUACUUGAAGGUUCUUAGAGUUAAUCCUAGUAGCAGUUACAUUUAUCAAAAGGCAUUAUUGACUAACGAACUUAGACAAAUCUUCCAAAAUGCAGCACCAAACCCAACUGUCUUGGCGAAUCAAAGAGUUCGUGAUAAAUAUGCAAAGAUUGUUGGUGGUGUUAACUCUGGUAGUGAUGAUGCUAGUAGUGUUAAAAGACCUCGUCAACCAAUUGAGGGUGAUUGUCCCAUCUGUUAUGAGACAUUGUCGGAAACUGAAAAACUUGUUUGGUGUAAGGAUUCUUGUGGAAAUAAUGUUCAUGAGAAUGUAUUUAAAAGUUAUGGUGGCUAUAGACUUUGUGCACGAUAG